GAUCCGAUUCGCCCGCCUCUACUCCUAACUCAACGUCUUCUCAUUCAAAAUCUAUUCCACUUGACAAUACAUUCGAACAUUCUAAAUUCAAGUUAUUACUUGUUUCUUCUUUUUUAAAGUGUAAUGGCCGAAGGUGUUUAAAGGGGUCAACAGAAGCCAAAAUGGCGCGGGCGUGGUGGGUGCUAGCGGCGCUGGCGACCCUGGCGGCGGCAGACGAGCUCUCCGACCCUGAAGGACUCAACUCUGUGUCCGAACCAGUUGGAAAAAUCGGCGAGUUUUCUGUAUUCGUAGGACGAUGGACGGAGUGCAACCCGUUGGGGCAGAGCGACCACGCGCGCUCUCUAGAGAGGUACAAAUCCCGUCCGGAAGCCGAAUCCCUGGUGCACACACCACGACUAGGACUGCAGCGGCGACAGGUGCAGUGUCGCGCCAAAGAUGGCAGCUUUGUAGAGGCUAUGUACUGUGGUGCAGCUCUAACCCACAUUGGGACGACUCGAGUGUGCGUGAUCCGUGAGGAGUGCUCUCUCGCAGAGUGGUUGCCAUGGCGACCUCGGCCUGAUGGUGCAUUGGUGCGGACGAGGCGGCUGAGGAAGUUACCACAAGGUGGUGGCAAAGAAUGCGAUGUAGUGGAGGAGGUGAGGCCGGCAGUGCUAGAAGCCAGUGCCCAUUGGUCACCCGGUCCUUGGGGAGUUUGCCACGUUGCCGUGGAACAACCAGCUACUCCACCACCAGCAAAUGACGAAGACAAUGACGAUGCUGAAGUAAACGACGCGAUCUACGAAGAAGACGACGCUACGGCCGAUGACUUGGACGACAAAGAGACAACGCCAUCUAGCUGUGGGGGCGGCAUACAACAGCGCGAAGCCACCUGCGUGCGCGCCGACGGGAGAGCUCUACACACCGCGCAAUGUGCUCACGCGCCGCUACCGACUCUAGUUCAACCUUGUGAGGUUCCUUGCCCAAGAGACUGCGAAGUCGGACCGUGGAGUGAAUGGGGUGCUUGCCAACCAACUGAAGGCUGCCCAUUGUUUCCUGUACAACAACUGACAACUACCGGCUACAGCGUGCGUCGUCGUCGAGUGAUAUCAGCAGCGUCAGGCGGUGGAGCUCCGUGCCCGCCGUUGGAAGAGAAACGAACUUGCUCAACUCCUAGAUGUGCCUCGUGGAAGGUCCUGCCUUGGGGUCCUUGUGUACUCAACCAGCCCCACACUACUUGUGGACCUGGUCGACGAACCAGGGAGCUAAGAUGUGUUGGACAUGAUGGGAAAGAAGCCCAGCGCGCAUGGUGCGCGGGUACGGGCGCGCCAGCGCGCAGCGAGCGCUGCCGCAUCGCCUGCGCCGGGGACUGCGUGGUUUCGGCGUGGGGGGCCUGGGCACCUUGCUCCGCCGCCUGCGCCGCGCCGCACCCCAGACCCACCACUACGCGCCGCCGCUAUAUCCUCUCUCAUGCUUCUCCUAAUGGCUGGCCGUGUCCUUCAGAAGAGCAGCUAGUACAGAACGAAACAUGCAACACUCACGCCUGCGCCACCUACUCGUGGCUGGCGACGCCCUGGGGUCCUUGCGAGAAACGUCGCCAGGACUACAUACCUGUCACCAAUUAUACAGACUUAAUGGAUGGAGAACCAUACAACGAGAGCGACGAAGAGGAGCCAUGUGUCGAGGAAGGCGAGAUGACCAGAGAUGUGAUGUGCGUGCAGAACAACGCUGAUGUGGUCAGGGAGAUGCUAUGUGCACCACUCCGCCGGCCGGCUUCCCGUCGCGCCUGUACCAUCCGAUGCCGCCGCGGCUGCCGAGUCGAAGCCUGGAUGCCGUGGUCACCGUGCCCUAAUACAUGCGAACCAGGCAAGCAAGUGCGCGAGCGAAUAGUCCACGGCGGCCCCAACUGUGGUGUACUACAGGAGACCCGGGACUGCCCCGUGGCGCCCUCGUGUCGGUCUCGUGACGCAUCUUGGAUCACGGGCGAGUGGAGCACCUGCCGCCUGCCGCCCGAGCAGCGCUGUGGCCGCGGGUACCGGGUUCGAAGUAUCUGGUGCGGUUCCAACUCGCACCGCGUGGAGGCGGGUGCGUGCGCAGGCCAGCUGGUCCCGCGCAGCGUGGCCGCCUGCCAUGUCUCAUGCGACCACGCCAUCACACCGCUCACCUGCAACACCAUCUGCUCCGACCCUCUCAAGUAUUUAGACGCAGCUGAGCCAGAUAUUCCAAGCUGUAUUUGCAAGAACAUCAGCUUAGAACUGCUGCCCGCUGAUUCGGACUGCAUACUACCAUCAGGUAUGGAAUGUGGAGAGGGCAGGGCGUUAAGAGCAGCUCGUUGCUUAGUUGGAGGUCGCGAUGUGCCCAUGGAUGUAUGCAAGAAAUAUCAUCCACUUACUGGUCCAAGCCGCGUGCGCGAGGCGACGACAGACGGAUACACAUACGACGAGGAGUUCCCAGCACUGCUGCGCGGCGCGUGCUCGGUGCGGUGCGCGCGCGACUGCGCGGCCGGCGCCUGGGGCGAGUGGGGACCCUGCGCCGCCGAACCCGGCUCACGCGCCUCCUUCCGCUUCCGGACAAGAGAGGUAAUAGAAGAAGGAUCGGCCGGCGGACGCGAGUGUGGCGCAACGCUCCAACGCGCCACGUGCCGCGUGCCGCAGCCGCGCUGGCAGCUGUCGGACUGGGCCGUGUGCGCGCCGCGCCGCUCGCUCUGCGGACACGCCGUCAUCAACCGCACUGUCACUUGCGUAGACGCGGAAGGCAACCAGCUGGAGGAUUCUGCCUGCGAGGCGGCGGGCGCGGGGUCGGCGCCGGCGCGCGAGGCCACGUGUCGCGCGCCCUGCCCCGCCGACUGCGUCGUCAGCGCCUGGUCCGACUGGAGCCCUUGCGAGCAGACAAAAUGGGGCGGCCGCCGCGACCGCACGCGCGUGGUGCUCCGGCCGGCUAUGGAGGGCGGCGCGGCGUGCCCGCACCUGGUGGCGGCGGAGCCCUGCGCGCCGCACUCGCACGCCUGGCACGUGGCGCCCUGGGACGACUGCCAGCCGCUGGGAGGCUCGCCUUGUGGGGAAGGCAUCAAGCGACGCUCCGUGCGCUGUCUCAGGAGCGACGGUGUCUUCGUCAACGACUCAUUCUGCCCGAACACAACAGCGACUGAAGCGAGCGAAUCGUGGUGCUACGUCCCGUGCGGGGUGGACUGUGUGCUCGGCGAGUGGAGCGCCUGGGACACCUCGGCGUGCUCCUGCGGCGACGCCUCUUCGGCACGACACAUGCGACGAACCAGACAGCACCUGACUGCGGCAGUGUGGCCCGGCCGUGCGUGCCCGCCUACAGAACAACGCGCGCCCUGUCCACGGGAGCCCUGCCUGCGUCUCGUCGCCAGACCACUGCUCGGCUGCCAUGUGCAGACAUCAUCGGGCGAGGAAACGGAAGGUGCCUGCGGUUGGGGCGUGAAGAUAUCCCACGCGCGGUGUGAAUUUACCAGCUCUGUGGACGAGCCAGCCAUCGAAGCGUACCUGGAGCCCUGGCGCUGCGCCCCCGUGCUACCCGGACGGAUUGUCGCCCCACCCUUGCAUUAUCAGGAGGAGGAAGUAUGCGAGGUGGAGUGCGGCUGCAAGGACGCGGCUGGGGGGCAGCCGGGGCCGUGGGGCGCGUGGGGCCCGUGUCGCGGUGGCGCGCGGUCCCGCACUAGGCAGCUCGUCGUCUCCAUGCGCAGAGCUUGCCGGACGUCUUCGCGAUACGUUACAAUCGAAUGGGCCAACUGCACGGGUGAGGGUGACGAGAUUCAGGACCUGUUGGCGUUGGAGCCCCGCGACCGCACCUGGGCUGAGCGCGACUCCUACCACGACGGAUACAUCGAGGGCAGCAGCUCGGUGCUGGCCGUAGUGUGGACCGCGACCAUUAUACUUAGCUUCUACGGCGCCUUCAUGCUUUACCGAGGAUUCAUCAGAUGCCUUCGCAGCAGAAAAAUCAAAACGAUUACCAAAGUGUAAGCUGACAAGACGAGAUCCAAUGAGCAUCUUCUCUCCUGCGCCCGCGCGCGACGCAGGCGUCGGUAGUUCUAAUGACGGACGAUAUGUCCCGCGUUUCGUUGUCUAUUUAAAUCUACGUGUCCUACUCUACGUUUUGUUGUUAAAUUAUUCCAAUUUUUGUACAGUAUUAUCAAGUUUAUUUACUGCUGUUACCAAAGACUUUGAUGUGCGACAUCAAAUAAUUUUUAAGAUGAUUUUGCUCAUUCCACUCUCGAGGAAUUUACGUGUUAUUUUGCACAAUCGCAUGCGAUAUCUCUACAAAAUUAUAUCUUAUAAAUCUAUCUAUAUUUUCUAAAUGAUACACAGUAAUAGUGUCAGAAUGUAAUCAGUAAUUAGUGAAUAUAUUAAUAGUAUCAAGUUUAGCCAGCAAUCAGUCUGUCCGCAGGAGUGCUUCCAUGUUUUUACGAGGUGUAUAUGCUACUUUGUACGGUUUUUACAUUUCCGUGGUAAGCGAGGCGCUGCGGUCGCUGCGGUCGCCGCGCUCGCUGCCAGGCUUCGGAUGACAAUACUCGUGUCUAGUGACUAGCCGCCGCCGCCGCUCCGGGGAGUAGCCCCGGCUGACGGCUCGCACCCCGCGCCCCGCGCCCCGUAGGCGCGGCCGUGUGCCGCGUGCGUCCGCGUCACUCCAGGCAAUGUGACCUAGCACAUAGCCGUCCAUAUUGAUAGGCUUCUACUCGAAUGUGACCUUAACACCUACAUCCGCCGACAGAGUAUUCUUUACUAAAUAAAACAAUCGGUUCGACACAAGUCGAUCUCGUUAGAUUCUGUUAGUUAUUUUAAAUUAAUACAAAAUUGAACAGAGUCUAUAUUUUCAAGAAUUUUAAAAGUAUUUAUAACGUUUUGAUACAAAUAUUUGUUAUUUAAGUUUUUAGCACAAGAUGUAAGACAUUUAUCGCCUAGGUUUAUGUUAUUUAUGUUAAGUUUAACUUAAUCAGUGUAAGCUAAGUCAAUGAUGGUGAGGUACGGUGAGGGUAAGGAACUGCCGCUUGAGACUUGAGUAGAGCGUUGCUCUAGCGACCAACUAACGUGACACAUCAUGCCACAUAUCAGUGUUUAUACAAUAUCGUCGCGAUCUAGGCGCGUCAUCUUUUGCAAACCACUUCCAUGUCAUUUACUUCCCCAAGCAAACUCUAUGCAAUCGUUUGCAAAAGAUGAUCCGUGAUUGCUUAUAUCAUCCAUGUAGAGCUUUGGCGCACAAAUUGAACUACCUAAUUUACAUAGAUUGUAAGACCUAUUGUAACUGAUCAUACCGUUUUGAGAUAAUAAUCGUAUAUAAGUAAUAACACAUUUUUGUAGAUUUUGCAUUUAAGCCCAUGUAUUGUGACAAGUAUUUAUUAUAAUGUGAGUGUGUUCUACGUUUCAUCGCCUUCUUUCAUAUUUCGUAUUCUCUUCUAUUGCUUUGCUUCGUUUGGUGUUUUUUUAAAUGAAAGACUGAUUGAAUUACUCUUUACUUUAUUAAACUUCUUUAUCUCAUUUUCUCACUCAAUUUAUUUUGUUAAGGUAUACGGGUAUGAUUCGCUACUUCUCGUUCCUUUAAAUCAUGACAAUAUGUUUAAUAUAAUGCAUACUAUAAUAUAGUGAUUAUAUUUGUAAUUUUAUGUGCUGUAGUUUGUCGUUUGUUCAGGACCCUGUGUUGCUGUUCCAUCUACUGUCCUAUCCUUGUGAUCUCUAUACUUUACCUACAGAGGUAUGUGUAACCGUAUUAUCAUAAUGCCACUACGAGAUAUUGAUGUGAAACAUGAUAGUUAAGGAAUCGUGUUAGACAAUACAAUAUUUGAUAUUUAAUAAAAUUUGAUUGUGUUUUUGUAAA